CAAGCGCCUUUCGGACAACGAGGAGGAGUCUGCUGAGUCCGAGGAUUCGGAGGAGCUGGACGCCGAGCGACACGCAGAUGUUGUACACUCAUCUCGUGUUCAUCGCUCCCAUACCGCUGCUGCUGCUGCCGCUGCCACCACUUCUCCAGCCACUCCCUCCAACAACCUCGAGCCCACUGCAGAUGUCUCUGCUUCCCCACAGCCGCCUGUCCAUGAACCAGAGCCGCCCAUGGAUGCAUCUGCGCGACCGAAAAAGAAGCAGCGCUUCAUCUCUGCCCCGGUCAUCACC